CAGCUUCGCAAGAAUUCAACUCUCCACAAUAUAGCUCAAGGCUUCGGUAAACACGAAUCCGCUUCCCAGCCAUGCCCAUCUCCUUUCCGCAAUCCGGCGCCGGCCCAUCAUCUAGACCCUCCAACGAAUCGUACCCCUCGUUCCCCUCGAGCCUGCCCAGUUCCGGCUCGGAAUCAGGAUCGGACAGCUCCAGCGACUACAGCAGCGACGAAGAAGACGAGAGGGAGCGUGCGUUGAUUAGGGAGGAAUGGGAGGAAUCACUUCGCCAAAUGCAGAUGCUGUUCUCCAUCGUGCUGGUUCCGUUCUUUGGAAAAUGGAUGGGUCGAAGGUGGAGUUACUGGGCCUACGAGAGGUACCAUCAAGUGGGGUUGGGGAAGAAGUUCUUGGGACUGGCAUAAAAGACGCUGCACUUUUGGUAGCAAGGCCUUAUGGCAACACGGCACGGCACGAUAUUAGGCAUCCCGAUCACGACAACAGCCAAUGAAUGGUCCUAGCGGAUUCCUUUCCUUCUCCGAAUGCAAUUUGUAUUUGAUCAUCUACGUGUACGCCUUACAUUAUCGGAUCUAGGACGGACGAUCU